UGAAAUUACUUUUUGCUCAAUCUAAUACAAUUCGUCUGUCACGAUAUAACCUAUUUACUCCGCCAAAAUGUUACGAAUAUUUGAAAGACAAAUUUUUCGAGGUGUAAAAAGUAACAGAAGAUUAAAUACGUGGUCACGUCUUGCUAUGGCAUUUAAUUCUACCGUUGAUCAAGAUUAUUUAUCAGAUAUAUCAAGAAAAGAAACGGGAUUGUUUGGUAUUCCGGAAUUAAAAACUGAGGAUGGCUUUCACAUACUAAAAAAUCGUGCAAUGACACAAGCAGAUGUUUUAAUUGAAGAAGCCACAAGUAAGGAUAGGAAAAGAAAGAUGGUAGAAAUAUUUGAUGAAUUGUCCGAUACACUAUGUAAAGUAGCAGAUAUGGCAGAGUUUAUUAGAAUUGCACAUCCUGAUGAACAGUAUGUAAGAGCAGCAGUGGAUGCUUGUAUAACUAUUAGUGGUGUAGUUGAAAAAUUAAAUACACAUCGUGAAUUAUAUGAUUCGUUAAAACAAGUGUCAAGUAAUGGCGACAUUCAAGUGACCUCUGAUAUAGACGAUCACGUAGCUAAAUUAUUUUUAUUUGAUUUUGAGCAGUGUGGUAUACACUUGCCUGAGAAGCAGAGAAAAAAAGUAGUCCAAUUAAACGACUACAUCUUGCAGAUAGGUCAAAAAUUUAUGACUGGUGCCAUAACACCAAGGGAAGUUGAUGUUAAUGUGGUACCCGACUUUAUUAGGCAGCAUUUUGUGACUAAGUAUGGUCAGAUAUUAGUGCAAGGACUUUACACUGACACUUCUAAUACCGCCGUGCGCGAGGCAGCGUACAAAUUAUUUUUGUAUCCUGAUAAAGAACAAGAGUAUCUGCUGCAUGAACUUUUAAGUUCCAGACACCUAUUGGCAGAAUCUUGCGGAUUUGCGUCUUACGCUCACAGAGCUGUAAAGGGGAGUACAGUCCAGUCACCAAAUGUAGUGACAGAAUUCCUCAAUAUACUAAGUGAAAAUUUGCAGUCUACAGCAGCACAAGACUUUCAAGAGAUGCAAAAGAUGAAAGAUGCUGAGUCAUUUGUAAAACAAGAACUGAUGCCGUGGGAUACCGCCUAUUUCAUGGCAAAGGCGAAAAAAGCUUGGUUAAACACAUCCUCCACCGAAUUCGCUCCGUACUUUUCCCUUGGUGCUUGUAUGGAAGGCAUUAAUAUUCUUACACAGUCAUUGUAUGGAGUCAGGCUAGAGUCCGUUCCGGUAUUGACCGGAGAGGUAUGGGCUAGUAACGUUCACAAGCUAACUGUAAUAGACGAAGAUGAGGGAACGCUGGGAUACAUCUACUGCGAUUUUUAUGAAAGAGAGGGGAAGCCGAAUCAAGACUGCCACUUUACGAUUCAGGGUGGAAAGCAACUAUCGGACGGUUCCUAUCAGAAUCCUAUAGUUGUACUCAUGUUGUCACUACCGCAACCACGCUGGUUGAAUCCAUGCUUGCUAAGUCCGUCGUCCGUGGACAAUCUAUUUCACGAAAUGGGACAUGCGUUGCAUUCUAUGCUCGGUCGAACGAAAUAUCAACACGUGACCGGCACUAGAUGUUGCACAGACUUUGCGGAAGUGCCAAGCGUAUUAAUGGAGUAUUUCGCGAGUGAUCCCAGGGUUGUGUCAAAGUUCGCGAAGCAUUUUCAAACUGAAAAGACGAUGCCGGAAAAUUUGUUGCACAAACUGUGCGCCUCGAAAAACAUUUUCUGCGCAUCCGAAUUACAAAAUCAGGUGUUCUACAGUAUGUUGGAUCAAGUGUAUCACAGCGGUAGAUUGACAAAGUCCACUACUGAAAUUUUAGCGGAUGUACAAAAAGAAUAUUACGGUUUACCGUAUGUACAGAAUACGGCAUGGCAAUUGAGAUUUUCUCACUUGGUCGGCUACGGUGCUAAAUACUAUUCUUACUUAAUCUCUCGUGCGAUUGCCGCUUGGAUAUGGCAAACCUAUUUCCAUAACGAUCCUUUUUGUCGAUCAGCGGGUAAUCGUUAUCGAAAGGAAUGCUUAGCGCACGGAGGCGGUAAACCAGCGUCACAACUAGUCUCGGAUUUCUUGAACAAGGAAGCUAACGCUGCUACAUUUGCAAAAUCGCUAAUCAAUGAGAUUGAUAUGAAGAAUUUACACAUUCAAAUGAUAAAACAACGUGAUACGGUGUAAAUUUUUCGUAAUUUGUGCUAAUAAAUGAAAGUAGUUUACAUGCUGCUUUAAGUUCUACACAUGAUAACUUCUUGUUAUAAAUCCACGUAUAAUAGUUUCACACUUUGCAAUAAAUUUCUAAAAAGAAAACAUAUUACAUACAAAAGAAUUUAUUCCAAGUGUUCAAAAGAGAAUUCGUCAUUGAAAAAUAACAUUGUAAUAAUUCCGUAUAAAUUUUCUUGCAUUUCUCUUUGAAAGUCAAGUUUUCAUAUCGUUACAUGAUAAGUGAUCAUAAUUUAUUAUUCUCGUUAAAUAGCACUGAAUUUCUUUCUUUUUUUUUUUUGAUUGUAUUUUAUUACAAGUACAGAACCUUAUUCUCUAUGUACAGUUUGGAUAAAUGUAUGAGUUAUUACAAAAAGAUAAGGUUUGUAGUGUUAUACACAAACGAAACGCAGUAUAAAGUAAAGUAAUUUAUGCGAGAAGAUAUUCAUUUAUAUAAUCUACCCUUUAUUUCCUGAGGUUAUUCUAUAUCUGUACAUGGCAACGUAAAGCUACGAUCAUUCCCCGCUAAAAAGGAGCGUGAUAUUUCGCGCUGGCAGUACUAUUUUUCACGAUUAAAAAGUAAGAUCGAAUCGUAUCUUCCGUACGCAUUUACAUUGUACUGCGUUUGUUAACGUUUCGUUUAACUUUCGAACUUUUUAGUGAGCACUUUCGUCAAAAUGAGCUAAAUGCUUUUUAUCGAUAACUCCAUUUCUCCAUAUUCGUAAAAACUGUUUAAUCUAGCUCAUAAAUAUGCGGACACAAAACGAUUUAACAAGCCACCGAAUGAACAUUUACUCGCGUAAUUUUUAAAAUUAUCCUCAAUAAUUCUCAAAAUUCUUAAUCAUCAUUAUACUACAUUAUGUAAUUCUCUGCUUGUUGAAAUCUUAUUUAUUUUACAUGUAUUUUAUCGUGUACGCGCGCAUGUACGUGUAUAACUAGAGCUUUGUAUUCACAAUGAAGCACUGGACAUUUUUCUCUUUCGCUUUUUCUUUUAUACAAGUCCGUUAUUUUCAUUCUUUUAUUAUAUUAGUAAUCAGGAAUUAUGAAUUCACGCCUUUUGUUUAGUAUAGAGAGAGAGAGAGAGAGAGAGAGAGAUGUUUUUGAAGUAUUAUUUUACUUUUAUCCAAAUGUUAUGUUCGUAUCGAACUAACUUUACGUUUUACACAGCAUUUACAAGAAUUAUAUGACUCGUCUUCGUUAAAUUAGUGAAUCACUUUGUAAUAAUAUAAUAGCCUCAGUUAUUUUUUUCACUAGUAUAAAUCUAAAGUAGAGCAUAUAGAAUCAGAUGGAGUCAGAAACACGUAUAAUUUUUCGAAAUUAUUAAGUUGUCAUCAUUAAAAUUGAAACUAUUAAGAUUAUAUAAUCAAUUUAUCGAAUCUGUUACACGCGCAUGUAAAUUCAUAAAUAAUUAGGAUUAUUUAUUUUAUACAAAGCAGAAUAACCUCAUUUUUUAUUGGACAUCACAUAAAUAUGUGAAUUAUGAAGCACAAUUGAAAUAGUAAAACAGCUUCUCUUAUUUAAAGACAAUGAACAGUAUGAUAUAUGUAUAUAUAUAAAAGUAUAUAUACAUAUAUAUUAUAUGAUAUUAUAUAUUAUCACGCAAGAAAUGACCACGAAGUAUCUCAACUAAGUUUCCAAGAGGUCUUUUAUCUAUAGAUGCUCAAAAAUAGACUAUAAUCCAGGAAUUUAAAAAAAAAAACUACGCAACAUAUCAGUUUAUGAUUUGACA